GAAACCAAGGAAACUGUCAUCGCUCUAACACUACUUGGGAUGACCAAUGGGAAUGCGUAUUCGUAUUACUUCCGUCUUCCGCGUUAGGACAUAAACACUGCCAACACUCCUGUCAAGACGAGGAAGCAAAGGCUGAAGAUGCUUUAGAACAGAGGGCACUGAGGAGGAGGACACGUAUGAGACGGUGGGGACUGCCUGCUCGAUGGAUCCUGAGGCAUCUGUACUGCUGCACUGUUCGCCCUGGAAGGGCCUGAGGGAAGCACAGGUGGCAGUGGAGCUUUCAGCCAGGUAUAACCGUAAGAAAGUGGCAGAGGUUGAAGAACACAUUGAGGAAGUGUGGAAAGAGAGGGUGACCCAGGAACCCUGGCUCUUCAAUGGAGCGAAGUUCAGACUGUUCUCUGCUCGACUCACGCCUCAUACCUCCUGCAAUGAUGUACAUGGGGCAGGAGAUGCACACCACGAGGGGUUUAGAGCAAAGCAAGAAAACAGGACGGGGAUGGGUGAGAGGGGUAUAGUGAUCCCUUGUCCCACUGAAGAAGGCAGGGAAUUGGAAUGGGGGAGAGGUGACAUGAGAGAACGGAGUGAGGCAACUAAACACACUGAGGAGGAGAAAAAUAACACAGAGAGAGUCAGUGAGAAUGGCAGAAUGUUGGAGGAAGACAGAAGUGCACAAGAAAUAAAAUGUACUCAGAAAGACUCAGGGUCACGUAUACACACAGAGAAGUGUACUCUACAGACACACCCAAAAAACAAAGAAACGAGCAAUGCAAACUGCCAGAGGGACAAUUUGGUGACAUGUCCACAGGCACAGAGAGGAAUAGAGAGAGCUAAAAACCCUCACCUAAUCCUGCAGCUCGGCCUUACCUUUUACAAAGACUUCCUGGGCACCAACUGGUCCCGGAGGGUGGGGGCACUAAUGAGGCGUGGAGAGGCCGAGUUUGGGGACCCGCACGCCCUCCUGGCCCAGCCACUGGGGGUGGGGGGUGUGCUGCGGACUGCGGAUGGCCUGGUGGUGUUAAUCAGGAGGAGCCAGAAGGUGGCAGAGGCGUCAGGCCUACUUGAUAUACCCGGAGGUCACCCUGAACCCAAGGCUGUGUGUCAGGGGAUUCGCGAGGACAGCAUCCAGGUGGACCAGCUAGCUGAAAGCGCUGUGAUCAGGGAGCUCUUCUCCUCUGUUUGCACUGAGAUCAGGGAUGAGGUGAACAUUCCCCUCAGCUCCCUCAGUGAGCCGGUGCUGUUGGGAAUCGCUCUCAAUCACACCAGCGCAGGCCGACCCAGCGCCGAGUUCUACAUCAGUUGCUCUCUGACCUCUGAAGAAGUGAAGGAGUUCUAUUGGCAGGGAGGCCCAGAGGCCCACGAAUCUACUGACAUUGUUUUUCUGAGCGAAGAGGAGAUGAUGCGACUGGAUGAGGGUGCCCCCCUGUGGAAGGAGCUAUGCCCCUCUGCAAAAGGAGCAGUGAUGCUAUACCGGCUCGUGCUGCCAGACAGACUGAAUGAGUCCACUGACAAGUGAACAAAUGGAUUUUACUGAUCAAAUAAUUUCUCAAAAUAUAGAGGCAUUAGUAUUUUCUGUCAAAGGUUUUGCAUUUAAACAUAAGCACAAGAAAGUGGUGGCUCAGUAAAAGGGAUAUACUUAAUAGCCACUUAUGGAAGUAGCCCAAGUAGCCCAAGUAGCCAAAAAAGAAACAGCUUCUAACAUACAGUAUAAAAUUGUUAUAAAACAUCAAUUCCAGUGUAUUCAGUACAUUUUGAAAAUAUUUUAAAAAUUUUAUGUUCUACAUAAUAUAUUGAUUUUAAUAAAACUAUUUUUAUCAAA